AAAGCGUGGAGGGAAGAGGAGAGAGCCCAGCAGCGACGGACACACACACUCUCACACACACACAGACAGAUCCACAGACGUGCAGACAGCCUGCAGCAGCAGCAGCACCGGUCGGAUCUCUCAGGCCUCCGCGUAAGAGGAAAAAAAAAAGGGGGGGGGGACAUUAUAAGAGGGGGCUCGUUGCUGUUUUCCCACCACUGAGCGCCGCGAUGCCGCUGAAGAACAGCAACACCGUGGCCGUGGAGCGACGCGUGGACCUGGCCUCGCUCUUCUGCAUGAUCGGGCGCCACGGACCCGCCGUGGCUCUGGCCGUCAUCGCGAUGGUGUCCGUGCUGGCGGGCUUCAUCAUCUACCGGACCGUGAGGAGGGGGAAGCGGAGGAAGGCCACGGCCGACGGCGACGUGAGCCCCGCCGCGGAGGAAUGUCACAGCCCCGAGGAGGCAACAGACGUGAGAGAUGAAGACUCAUCAGAUGUGAAGGAGGACGUUGAGCUGAUUCAGGGUGAUCUCAAAAUCAGAUGCCGUCGGGCUGCUGCUGCUGCUGCCGCCGCUGCUGAGAAGCAACCUCCACUUCAUUCUCCUCCUAAGACUGACAUCCACGCACCAGAAACCAGGCACGCCACUUCAGAUGACACAGAGGAAAGAGAGGUUGCGUGGGACUGUUACAGAGCUGCAGAGACGUGCGCAGAAGUGGCCAGUCAGAGUCCACAUUUGGUGGAAAUGGUGGUGGAGGACGCCGUUGAUUGCCAGCAGGGUGCAACAGAUGACGUUGCUGAGGAAGUGAUAGAAGAGGUCAUUGAUAAUGAUAGCUGCUUGAAGGAGCCUGUGCUGACUGGUGAUGAGAACCGAGAGGAGGAAGAGAAGGUGUUAAAAGAGGAAUGCCAGGAAGAUGAGGAAAUGACCACAGACCUGGAUGUUUCUGACUUGAAAACCAGCCAAGAGGAGGAAAACUUUGAGAGUGCUUUGAACGAUCCAGUUUGCUUCAAUCAAACACUUCAUGUGGGUGAAACGGCUGAAGAUGACACAAAACGAGAUAAUAAAUCCACGCUGGAGACAGAGAGCUUGGAGUCCAACUCAGAAGAGCCUGUAACUCAUAUCGAAGACGUGCCUGCCCCUUGCAUCUGUUAUGGCCAGGAUUCCGGUAAUUAUUGUCCCUCUCCAGAGCAGGCAAAGGAAAAUGGUGAUGAAAGGGCAGAAGAAAAGUGUGUAGACCUCGAGGUAGUUGCUCAACAGCCUGAGCUUUGGUCUUCAACAUUUGAACAAGAAACACACCUGCCAUCUAUAGAGCAGGAGAAGCGUGAUCAGGCGAUUGAUGAGUUGGUGUCGUCUAUUCAGGAUAGUGAUUUGGAUACAGGUAAUGCUCAAGCUGGUGAAGUGAUUGAUGACAUUGCAGCCGUAGAACUUUCAAGUGUCAAAAUGGACACCCGUUUGUCGCAGUUCAACAAGCAAGAAGUGGAGAUGGAAUCAAAUGGUCUCGAUCAAGGGCCUGACGGUGGCUAUUCCGGCAGUGAUUCUGUCUCUCAAGAGGAGGAGAAGAAAAAUGAAGGUGACAUGGCAGAAGAGGAAUGUGCAGACUCCCAACAAGCUGAAAUCUCAUCUUCAACACUUGAACAGGAAACAAAGCUGCCAUCAACUCAGGAGGCGCUGCUCACUGGGGGUAGUGAUGCGGUUGGAGAUGGUCUAACUGGUGAAGCGAUUGAAGAAGUUGUAGAUGAAGACCGCUUGAACAAACUCCACAUUGACAACCACUCUCCACAGUUUGGCAAGAAAGAAGUGGAGAAUGAACGAAGGCGGGAAAACAAUGUCGAUCGACAGGAUGGUGCUUUUUAUGAAGGUGCUGCUAAAGCGGAAGAGAAAAUGAUGAUUACUGUCAACAUUGUCGCCUGUACCAAAGAAGUCGAUGUUUCGAGUGUGGCCCCGCCCUGUUCAAGCGCGUCCACAAUGGUGGACAAUCGUAAUGAUGGUCUUACAGGUAUCACCAGUGAUGCAGAUUUCCCUGGCUUGUCAUUGGGUCCUCAGCCACAGAAAGAAGAUAUAAUAGCUCCAUGUCCUGAUGAAGAUACUGACGCUACUAUUCCUUGCUGGCAAAUUCCAUCCCAUGAAACGGAAAAUCUCCCUGAAAUCAGCAAAAAUGGCCAAACUGAGGUGUCGUCUGAAGAAUUCAGUGACCAAGUGCAUGUCGCUCCAAGUGUCCAAAUGAUAGAUAAUGGAGUUUUUGACAAGGCGAGCGUUGCUGCUGAUUCUGACGCAGUGGGAACCGUAAAUGCUUCUGUAACACCUUGCGCUCACCUGCCGUCAAGUUGCCAAGAUCAACAAAGCGACUGCAAGGAACAUGAUGAAACAUUUGACGGGACAAGUGUUAAUUCUGCUGCUGAUGCAGCCCCUUGCAAUAAUACCAAUCUUACCGCACCUUUAAUGUCUGAAGAGAUAUCCCAGCUUGAAAUGUCUUCGUCCCAAGCCCAACAGCGUGACCACAUGAAAAACAAUGAAUACUAUUCUGCAGUUCCCACCGAUGCUGCUCCUGUUACAGUGAAGGACAGUAGCCUGCCCUUGUGUCAAAUUUACUCGCCAUCUUUUGAGCAAAGUGAGCAGAAGGAUAGUGCAAUAUCAUCUCCUGGUUUUGGUGAGGAGAGUGGUAUAUCAAGCAUGGCUGUCAGCCCUGAUUUGCAAUAUGCUGGUAAUGAGUUUGACAUGGAUUUUGGUCUACAGUCUGAAGGAUGGACGGGGGCUCAAAACAGCCUCUUUGCUGAUGAUGCAGCUGUAUCUUUCACACAUGGAAAUACUGCGGGGAUGGUGUUCAGGCCUUACCCAUCACGUCAGUCGCAGGAACCCCUUACAAAUUGGACUAAAUAUGAAUCAUUUGCAGCCAAUGAGGACGUGUUUGGCCAUGAGAUUGAGGAGAUUUACCACAGAGAGAUGGAUCAGUUUGCAGCAGAGAUUGCAGCUAGUGUUACUAGCUACACCGAUGAACUGAAAAUACAGACAGAGUUGAAGCCUGUAAUUGAAGUUGUUGAAAUUAAAGAGAAGAAGGCAAGAGUGACCGUUGAAAAGAAAGAGGACUCAAAAGCAGAGAAGGAGAAAGAAGAAGACUAUGAAAAGACUGAAAUCAGUAUCAUGGAGGCCACUAUGGACCAUAACGAAUGGAUCACGGAGAGUAAUUACCAGGUUCCUCCUUGGAUGAAUCUCUCUGCCUCAUCGUCUGCCCAAGACCAAACAAAAACCAGCCAGCUUCCCACUGAAGAGUGCCAGUAUAGCUCUCCUGUAACAGACACCGCUUCUACAGAUACAAUAGAAACCCCAUCGUCCACAGAAGUCAAACAAACCAGUACUCUCUCCCUCACUGAAGAAAACCCGGAAACUAACAAAAAGGUUGUGGCUGUCCAGCCCAUGCCCCAGAAUGUCAACGUCACCUUCCGUGUCCAUUAUUCCACCCAGUCACCGUACCAGACGGUGGCUGUCACAGGGAACCAGCAGGAGCUGGGAAACUGGAAGGGAUUCAUCCCGCUCGAGAGGGCCAAGGAUGGGAACUGGGCCACGGUGGUCAGCCUGCCUACGGAGAGCCAUGUGGAGUGGAAGUUUGUGCUGCUGGACAAGGGCGAGGUGUGUCGCUGGGAGGAAUGUGGCAACCGCCUCCUUGACACGGGCUUCGGCGAUGACCUGCUGGUGCACAAAUGGUGGGGACUCUUGUAAGAGGUGAGGAGAGGGCUAGAUUGAGAGUGACAUGUACAGUUCAGUACUGGAUACUGGACCAGAUGAAGUCCAUUCAGCCCGUCACAAGACCCACAUGAUGAGACAGUACAUUAUGACACGUAUGACCAUUUGUACUGUAUUACAAUAUUAUAAAUACAUCCUAGUAAGAUUGGGUACACAUGGUGGUUGUAACACAUCUAAAGGUCUAGGAUAAAGCUGGGUUGAUGUCAAGGGUUUAAUAUCUUCAUAACUAAAUAACUUUUACUUCUGAAUCAAUUUGCUAAACAACGAUUAGCUGCGAUUUUAAUCUGUCAUCAAGAGUUCCGGUCAUUUUUAAAGCAAAAAGGCUAAAAACUCUUAAACACGCAAGUCUUUUAAUUAGCUUUCUUCUGUUUUGCAUAAUUGUAAAUUAAGUAGGCUGCCUUUUGAGUCAUGAGGAUUUGUCAGACUAAUUAACAAUUUAAACACAUCGCCUUUUUACUACUGUCUGCCCCUUGCAGACACUGAAAGAAGUCUCCUGAAACAACAGACUUACUACUUUAACCAUAUUUAGUGCUGAUGCCUAUACAUAUUGUCACCUACCAGUUUUUAACACCAUGAUUACUGGGAUGAAAACAGUUCAUCUCAUGGGACUUUUUUCUUUGGGGAUAGACCUCUAAUAGCCAGUGAUUAAGUGGAUCAUUCAAGCAAAGAUUUAACAUGAGUAUCUACAAUUAUGCAAACUGCUCAUUAAAUGCAGUUGUUAAAUUUCUAUACAUGGAGAUUUUAUUAUGUACACUGUCCAUAUGCUGCUUGAAUACUCCCCAACAAUCUACGAGAAUUAAUGCACAUAGUUCACUUUUACUACAGCAAUAAUCGAAGCAAUAAUUGUUCUGUAUACUGUAUGUGAUAUCAGGUAUUCUGACGUGUUUACCACUAAACUGUGAUAUAGUGUUGACUCUGAUGCUGCUUCUUUCUAGUGGGACUGUGUGCAUGCAUGAUUGUCCCAUUGUUGUUCAAUGAAUGUGCCUUUUAAACAUGAUUUUUCUAUUAAUGUGUUAAAAUGCAUCAAGAGAUUGUGGCUUUUCCCUGUAAAACAGCUUCGCCGGCCGUCACUUUCUUUGUUUCACUACAACUUUUACUGAAGCUCUCACAGUACAGGCCUGUUAAUUAAUUCCUUAAAACUGAUGUUGUCAAGUUUAAUCGUUAAAUCAGUAUACACUAUAUUAUCCCAAUCUCAAACCUUUUGUUAUUAUGCAAUACUGUGAUGAUUAUGCUAUGGUUGAACGUCAGUAAGGUGGAGUUGGUUACCAAAUAAACACAUUUU